CCUAAUAUCUAACCUCAACUUCCCUUGCUGCAACUUGAGGCCAUUGCUCCUUGUCCUGUCCUUUGCAUGUGUGGCGUGUGCAAAUGUUUGGUAUACUUAGUCGGUUAAUGGAGCGAUACUUACUUUGCCCCUGUGCUGAUCUAAAUUUCUUGUGGCCUUGACCAGUUAGUGGCUUGAGACUUGGAGCGUGUGGCCUUUCAAAAUGUAUUGACCAAUUAAUUGUAUGAUACUUAUUUUGCCAGUGUGGCUGGUCUUACGUUGCAGGUGUAGCCUCUCUACAUUUAUUGUGUGCUUGACUGGUUAAUUGUGUGAGGCUUACUUUGCACGUACGACCAGUCUUACUUUCCACGUGUGGCCCACCUAAAUGUAUUGCGUGCUUAACCAGUUACUUGUGUCCUAGUUUGUGCAUGUGGCUGGUCUUUUUUUGCACGUGUGGCCCAUUUAAAUGUAUUGACGAUUAACCAGUUUAUGUUGCAUGAUGCUUGUGUGUGUGGCCAGUUUGCAUUUAUAAUGCACUUAACCAGUCACUUGUUACUUUGCAUGUGUGGCCUGUCUAAACUUACAGCGUGCUUAACCAGAUAAUUGUGUGACACUUACCUUGCACGUGUGGCCCUUCUUACUUGGCAUGUGUGGCUGGUGUAUAAUGUAUUGCACGACUAACUAGUCAAUUGCUUAAUAUAUGUAAUGUUUAAUGCGUAGCAGGGGCUUCAGAUGAACCAAAGUUGAUAGAUAAACUAUCAUAAACCACCAGGCAUCCCGUCUCCUUUGUAAGUCCCUCCUCAAAUUAGCUUUUUCUCUCAGCCAGUUAUUAUUGGUUGCAAGUCCAGAGCCUUCCUUACUUCUCUACCCAUCAUGGAAGAUACUGGGUUUGCAGUUUUUCUGAGCUGGGUUAUAUAUGUCGCCUGUUUCCAAGCCAAAGAAGCUGUGUCCUGGCUUUUGCUUCUCUUUAAAAUAUUAACAAACAGGAUAUCUAAAUCAAUAUUUACAUUUGGGUGAUUCACAAAGCUUAGUCAGAGUACCUGGAAAAUGCUGUUAUAAACAGCAUAGCCCAUGAGUAAAUUAAAUUGUGUUGCACUUAGAUAUGGAAGCCCUAUUUUCUUUAAUGUGGCUUCAAAGGUGACAUUCUCUCAUGCGCAGAGGAGGGCGUGCUCAGAGAUGAAGCUAGAAACAUGCAAAUGGGCUUUUAAUCCCAGAAGCAGUUUACCAAAGGAUGUGAUGACUUCUGACUCACCGGAAGUGUUUAAAUCAAGGGUGCCUUUCUAAAAUAUCAGCUCUAGCUCAAACACAGCAUUAGAGGCUUGAUGGAGGAUUUACAGGGUAGGGUUAUGUGGCCUCUCAUAUAGUAGAGCAGAUGAUUAGGGUCCCUGUCACAACAAUAAAAUCUUGCUUAAAAUGCCACUGAAAUCCUGCUUGAUCCGAUAUCCUGCUUGAUCCUUAUUUUGAGGUUUUACAUUGGAUUUAAGUAGCACAUUAGUCCUAUGCUGGCGCUUUCUUACUGUGAAAGAAAAAAAGGCCUGAUCUCCACAGCCUUAAAGCCUAGAAACUUUUUUUUCCCCUUUUAAAUGAAAGGUGGGGUUCUUAUGCAGUUUCUAAGUUUCUGCUGCUGGGUCUUUAAGAAAAACUCAAAAUAUCAUGAAACACAAUCAAUUUGUGUUAGUAGCACUCAUCCUUCUAAUGGACUACAAGCAAACCUGGCCAAUCCCUUAUGAUGAUGAAUGGACACAUUCCCUCCUCCAUAGUCUAAUUAUGCAUAUCCUUUCUACUGAUGAUGCUUUUCCCCAGAACUUUGAUUUCUGCAUAAUAAAACUUUAGGAUUAAACUGAAUACAUUCAGCAAAUCUUGCAAAAGCUAGAUGACUUUUUUUUUUUUUUAACUGCUCUGUAUUUCCAAAUGACACAGACAGGAGGAUCCUCAACCCUUGUUUCCCAUUGAAUGCACAGCACUGUAACAGGAUUCUGUGUUGCUUUGAAAUGAGUUGUGGCAACAUAUAUCAUCCACUCUAAAAAUAUGCUUUAGGAAACAAGCCUCAUGUCUUCCAUGAUUUGUACAGCUAUAAGGUUCUCAGCUUGCAACAAUACUGAUUGAGAGAUACUACUGAGCCCUUUGGGAAGAUACAAGACCGUCCAUUUUCUCAGUCUGUUGCUUCGCUUAGUUUUUUUAGUCUCUUUUCUCAAAAUAAAGGCUACACAAUGCCUUUCUUUACAUCAGCACAACAAUCCAGCUGAAGUCAGCAAGAUGGCUCAGGUGCAGUUGAGGUUUGCAAAGAUUUCACCAACUUGGCUGCUUCAUGGUUCUGAGCAAUUAUCAUACAUCAGGGCAAAUAUAAUGUCAUUAUGCUUACAGUUGUUCUGCCACCUGAAGGAAGCAUUCUUGUAUUAUACAGCUGUGGAGCUAUAAUGAAAGACAGGCCUUUUUAAAUAGGCUUGCUGAAAUUGCUGCAUAAAAUACAUCACCUUCCAGCACUACAAAGGGCUUUGUAUGAAAAAAAUAAGAACUAGAAGUGAUAAAAAAAUCUUUCAAUGUCAGCUCAGAUCAUGGAAAUGCAUUGGACUGUUCGGUCCCAUUGCUGGAGACAGGAACGUGAAUUCUUGUGUAGCCAGACAAAAAUAACACCCUGCCUGUAGGACCGAUUUUUUUUUUUCUCACUGGAGUCAGUGGGAAGGUGCUCUGGUUGAAAAGUUUCAGACUUGGCAGAUGAUUUUUAGAGGUACUGUGCUUAAUCCCCUCUCAGUAAGCAGCAGGGUGGGCCCCUCUUUCCAGUAAGUUGAUAUAUGGAGUUUGACUAAACCAGAUUUUAAUAUUUGUGAUACGGUAUCAAUGAAAAUCCAACCCGUUUUUCUAGCUCCCUGUAUAGACUUGGGCACCCCACUUUAGGGACCCAUGUUGGAGAAUAUGGGCUAUAAUAUUGCAAAGCUCAGGUUUCUAGAAGGGAGCUUAGGGCUUCUUACAACCUUAAAAUCUUCUAACCUAAGGCUAGGUACGUGGUGCAAGAAUCAGAACGGCGCCUUUCAUGAUCUGUUUGUUGAAUUUUAUUGAAUAAAUGUACAUAAAAGACAUUUGUUGUGGUUUCAUUCCUACCGUUGCUUAUAUUGUUUCCAGUAGCAACAAAUAAAGAUUAGACUGCCUUGUUGACACAUGAGUAUCACAGGUUGUAAAAAAAGAGAAAACAAAGAACCAGAAGAAACAUCCAGGAAAAAAAAGGCGCGAUCUCUCUCUGGGAAGUAGGUGAAAUAGUAUGUAUGAUGCACUGAAUCUCCUCUGGGAGGAUCAUUUGCUUGCUCCCAAUGAAUGCAUUUGCGUCCCUGCUUUAUACAUUCAGGUAGCCGGGCUUCCAAAUAUCACCAGGCAGGAAUGUGAAGAAAAGCACAAGCAAAGAUGAGCAACAACCAUCCUCUCCCCUCAGCUGCUGCAACGGGCAAAGUGAUGGGAUUUCCACUAGGGUUUUGUCUCUGGACCCUAUUCAGUUGCAGUCUCUUUGUGUGACAAUAUUCUAUAAAUACAAUUUUCCACAUCCUUUUAGUAUAUGGAAGAAGAAGGAACUUGCAACCCUGCCAUGUCAGAUCCCUCUAGGUACCAUCCUGCCUCUUAGAAGCUAUCAUUCUUAGGAUUUUCUAAAAUGUUCAUCAUCAUCAUAUCUAAGAGCAUCCUAAGAACUGAAGGUCCAUAUUACAUUUCUAAGAACUGCUAGAUGGGGCCUCAACUAGCCAAGGAGAUCUUUUACCUCUCACCAUAAGCAAGGGGAUUUUUAAACUUGUGCACCUACUAUAAUAACAUCACUAUAAUUGCUUCUGGCCUUUUGACUGAGAUCGAGUGUAGACCUGGGCCUACACGUAGGAUGCCUGCCAGUGGAUUUGGGAGUAUCUAAAGUCCCAGGUUGAAAGCCUGGGAUGGAGGAUGCUCUCUGGUUAUGGAGCCAUACAUGGUAUUUAAAACGAAUGAGUUCUGCCUGCUCAGUCAGUAUGGUUUUUGGAAUGACUGAGUUCUGCCCAUUCAAUAUGAUCUGGAACUGAUUUGGCUGAUUUGAUCUGGAACACAAAAUAGAUUUAAAAAUAUCUACUAUAAUAACAAGCUUCUCUGGAAGUAAGUAUGCCAGUUGCCAAAGCCGGUGACAGGCUAAUUACCCUGGCAUUUUAAAUAUGAGGCUGUUUCAAGGGAGCAAACUGGCCAAUAGUUUGGGGUCAGGAUGUUGCCUCAGGGAGAUGAAUCUGUAAAUUGGUGGUGUAAAAUAGAUUUUUUUGCCUCCAGCUGGAAUUUGGAGCCCCAUAGCAGAUGGAGAGAGUGCCCGGGAAAUAUGAAAGACACAUGACUGCUGGAAUAUGGCUUGUCACUGAGAAGAUAAAUGGCCAAAACUGGUGGAGCAGCACAAUCUGAGGAAAGGAAUUGGAGGCAAAGGGAGGUCCUUAACACUCUUGGAGUUCUGUAAAAAAAAAAAUCUUUCACAGGCAAUGGGUGGAUCUAAGGACAUGAGGCAACUACUCAGUUGGUCUAAUAAAAGAUAUCGCAUCUACCCAAAGAACCUUGCCUGCCGUAAUUAUGGUGCAUUGUUUAGUACUUAAUGCGCUGUAACGUGCAUAACUGCAGAUGAAUUCUAGUGCGCAUUAGCACGGUUUUUGCCAGUUUUACUAAUGCGCAGUAGAAUUACUCUACUGCGGUGUUAGCGUCUUGUGUAAAUGCGCCCAGUGGUAUGAAAGAAAGUGCUAUGGGGAGUGGACAGGGAAUGCAAUGGAAGCCAUGAUGGGAGCUGUGAGCAGAGCAGAGGAAGCAGGGUAUAAGAAAUACUUUUAAUCAGAGGCUGCUUCUGAGCUGAACUUGUCGUAAAAUGCUGUUGGCAGCACAAGCAAAGGGGUGAUUUGAUUUUGAAGUUGAAGGGGACUGUUAUUUCCCAGAAUGCAAUAACCUAGGCACUGUGACAGGUGGCAGGGCUUCUGUGCAGCAUCUUAAUUUCAUGGUAAGUAUGUGUGAAGCAUAUGCUGCUUUAGCUUAAAAUGAGCCCCAAAUCUUUGCAGCUUGAAGUGCAUUUCUCAUUUGCUGUGUAAAGUGUCAAUAAUUAUCGUAUUAUGGGAACACUUGAGAACUGUUGACAGUGAAGACAAGGUGAGGCCUGAUACCUCCUCUUAAGUAUAUGUUUUGAUCACAAUCUCAAGCACACAAGGCUGACCUCGACACACUCAAUCAAGUCUACAGCCAGGAAGUGUGAUCACCAAGAAAGAAAAUCCACAUGUCACUUUUCUCACCCAUUUCCAAUGGUUUUUCUUUAUUUGAAAUCACAGGUAAGAAUGGCUGCAGAACAGAAGCGGAGCAGAUGGGCUUGGAAAGAAAACGCUGCAGCUGAACAGGGAGCUGACAAAGAGCCAUGUGAUCUUGUGGGCAAACAGUUGGGGGAACCAGGAAGGUUUGCAUAUGCAGCCCUCUGCGGGGUAUCCCUGGCUUACUUGUUUCCUGAAAAAGAGCAAAGCUCCUUUAGAAAGAAGCUUGUGGAGGGCUUGGUGAAAUGGCUUGAGUUGUCAGAAACCGUCCUGCCUGCCAUGACAGCCUUUGCCAGUGGUUUGGGAGGUGAGGGGACAGAAACAUUUGCUGAGAUUUUACUGAAGGAUCCUGUUCUGAAAAACAAACCAGUCAUCAUUACCCAAGAUCUUUUGUCCUUCUCUCUAAAGGAUGGUUACUAUGACGCUCGAACACGAGUGUUGAUCAGUCACAUCAGUUGGCUGCUGAGGAUCCCCCUGGAGGAGCUGGAAGUCUUGGAGGAGUCCUUACUUGAAAGCCUAAAAGCACAAAAAGAAGAAGAAUCAGAAACUGCAGAAGCAUCAAGGAAAAAGAAAGAACGAAAGAAGAAAUUGAAACGCUACUUGCUGAUUGGCUUGGCAACUGUUGGGGGUGGAACCGUGAUCGGUUUGACAGGGGGUCUUGCUGCUCCUCUGGUUGCUGCUGGAGCUGCAACUAUCAUUGGAAGUGCUGGGGCAGCAGCUCUAGGGUCAGCAGCUGGUUCAGCAGCUGGAAUUGCUGUCAUGGCAUCUCUCUUUGGAGCAGCAGGAGCUGGCCUUACAGGAUACAAGAUGAAGAAACGUGUGGGAGCCAUAGAGGAGUUUGAGUUCCUCCCUUUAACAGAAGGGAAACAGCUUCAUAUCACAAUAGCCAUCACCGGAUGGUUGUGUACUGGCAAGUAUGGGAGUUUCACUGCACCGUGGUCCAGCAUGUUGCAAUCCAGCGAGCAGUAUUGUCUGGCCUGGGAGUCCAAGUACCUGAUGGAGCUGGGCAAUGCUCUGGAUUCCCUGCUGAAUGGUUUGGUUAACAUAAUGGCUCAGGAAGCUCUGAAAUACACUAUCUUGUCAGGCAUCGUGACAGCCCUGACGUGGCCAGCCUCACUCCUCACUGUGGCCAACGUCAUUGACAACCCUUGGGGGGUGUGCCUGCAUCGGUCGGCCGAAGUGGGCAAGCAUCUGGCACAUAUACUGCUCAGUCGACAGCAGGGCAUGCGGCCUGUUACCUUGGUUGGCUUCAGUCUGGGCGCAAGGGUCAUUUACUUCUGCCUUCAAGAGAUGGCUCAAGAGAAAGACUCUGAAGGAAUCGUCGAGGACGUGGUCCUGUUGGGAGCUCCAGUGGAAGGAGAAGCCAAGUACUGGAAAGCUUGCGCUAAGGUGGUGUCAGGAAGGAUCAUAAAUGGCUACUGCAGGGGGGACUGGCUGCUGAGCUUUGUAUACCGGACCUCCUCUGCGAAGCUCAACGUUGCAGGCCUUCAGCCAGUCAACUUGGAUGACAGGAGAAUGGUGAAUGUGGACCUUUCAUCGAUAAUCAAAUGCCACGAACAGUUACCGCUGCCGGCUAGCCUCUGCAUUCGUGCCUCCUCCAGCUGUGAGCUCAUCAGAGUUUCCAAGCUAAGCAGGUGCAAACCAGGUCAGGAUGGAAGACAUUGGAAAUUGUUUGUGCUGUGGGUCGUGAUGUUAAUGGCACGUGUACUGGAUUGCCAUAGUCAAGCUAAUAGGGGAUGAAAGCAUCGAGGCCAAGUCAUCUGUCCUCUAGGAUGAGACAGAGCCCCCCGGACACCCAGAGGUAAUAGGAAGAAAGGGUUACUCAGAUGCUGACAUGCAACAGCGAGGAGUCCACACAUUUACACCAUGAACCAAAUCAACUAAAUGCACGGAUGUGUCUUCAACCAAAGUCAGCAGCAUCAUAGCUGCAGAUUUAGCAACUUGGAGCCCAGAUGAGCUACCACCGCCCUUUAACUCAAGGUCACGUACUUGCUGCUUCUGCUAUUAUAAUUCUGGUGUCAAGAACAAGCUGCUGAAAUAACAGCUUCCCCAUGAAGUACUUGAUAACUUCGAGUGGGUGGAUUGGUUUCUGAGUGCCUGCUGGUUCGGAAGUAGGUGUUCGCACCGGGCUCUGUGAGGAGGAGAGGUGCCUUCUGCCACUCCAUUCACUUGCUCUGAGAGCUAUCAUCACACCGGCAGCCACCAUAUAAUUCCCUCUUAUCACUGUCUGCAAUCACAUCUCUUGUAUAAUUUCCUCUGCCACACUGAGAGUCAAGAGGCAAUGCAAUCCAGAACCCUUGCAAAGGAGUUAAGUACAGGCGGAUGUGUCAGCAGAACUGAUGAAGCUCCUCUAGAAGAGCAUCUGGGAUGCAGGACAUGGUGUGUCAGUGCCUGUGAGCUGGGAAGCAGGUCCUCAUGGUACAGCUGCAGCUGAAGGGACAGAGGAGGGCACCAUCAAGCCCAUGGGCCUGAAGUAGCCAGUUCCCUUUUCCUUCCCAGGGUCUUCGUAUGCAAGUGACUGUUUGAUUUAAUGAAAACUAAGUGUGGUGUCAGGCAACAAACCAUCCCGCGACUCCUGCACUAGAGGCAGAGCUUCCUUAGAGAAGAUGGGGCAGAGGAGGAUUGUUUGGGAUCACAAUAUGAGGGCCCCCAAGUACUCUCUUCAGCAUGGGGCCUCAGCUUUGCCAGGUGUUUUACACCAGCUGAGCUUGCAACUUGGAGAGCCUUGAAACACUGCCAGGUCCUGUUUGUUGCUGGGUCAGGAAAGGGCUCAAAAGGUGCCUCCCAUGGCAGGUGAACAGGAGGCUUCCUCUGACCUAACCCACUUCAGGUGGGUGUAAUUAGGGCAGUUUAGCACUUUUUACACCACCCCCUCAGCAUUUUGAUUCACAGUGAGUGGACCCAUUUGAUCUGUUCAGUAGCUCUGCAUGGUCUUGUCUCAGUAGAGCUAGCAAAGCUCUUUUCUGAAGUUCACACUCAGGGUCCUCCUUUCCCUCACAACUGCAGAAAAGCCUGCUCAGAUUUUGUGCGUGGUCAUUUGCCAUGUCUUUUAAAGCACACUUUGCACUGCCUCAUUUAAAUAAUUCAGAUUUGGAUUAGCACUCUGAGUCAAGAGUUUGAUUACAGCAGUCUUAGAGCUCAGUGGCAUUUGGUGUGACCUGGCUGUAACUGGAGGGACUUGGAGUGCUCAGAUACCCCUUUUAUGGCUAAAGAAAUGAUCCUGCUUCAGCACCUGGCAUCAGCUACGGACUGAGAGCCAACAACUCUGCAUACACUUGGCAUUUUGGUGGGGGCAGCCGUUUCCCAUAGCCAACUGAUCUGGUGCAUGGACUACCCAAACCAACAGCAGUAAGGGCACACGUGAAAUUCCCUUCCCUCUUCAGAAGUCUGUCCCAAACUCUCUUAGCAUAAAUGUCCUUGUUGUAUGCUUCCUGAUCUUUCCAUGUUUCUCUUUAUCCCUCAUAUUUUUUUUAUACCUGUAUUCUCUUUCCUCUCUAUUCUCCCCUUAAAUUUCAAGCACUCCACAAAUACAUGCGAAGGUUUAUAUAGGUCUCUUCCUUUUCCAGCCUUUUGCCAGUAAUCCUGCUGCAAGACAACUCCAGAUAACAGAAAAGAUGUUUCUCUCUCUCAUUUCAGAGCAAAACUUGUUCUUGCAAGUUAGGGGUUAUCAAGCAUUGCAGAAGGGCAUGUAUAACAGAGCCUUUUCCAGUCUCAUGAGCACAAGUAUUCAGCCAGGAAUUAUACCCAAUUACUUUCUCGGACAGUUCCGCUGCAGACACCAAAUACUUUAUAAAGCUGCAUGUUUCCUCCGAUAUCCACUAUUAUACAUCUUGGGAAACAACACUGGCAGAUAACAAGGAUUAAAGCCAGUUAUCCCUGGGCUAGAUUCACCUCUUGCUUAGUCUAGCUGAAUCUGUUAAAUCAAGGCUUGCACAAAUUAGAAACCUGGGACAAAAGGAAGGAAGUCAGGCUCACCUCCUUGCAGGACAGAAUCAGUGGGUAGGUGGGAUAGGUAAUUUUACUGUUGAAACACUAAGGGGACCCCCCCGCUUUUUUUUUUAAAGGUCUAAUCUUUCUUUUGCAGGGCAGUGAGUGCCUCCCUUUCACACUGCAGACCUAAACAUGCAAAUGUACAUGAUAUUUGCCAAGGGGCAUCCAGCCUGUUGCUCAGCCCAGCCACACACUGCAGAGUUAAGAGCUUCUGGUGCCUGGACCGUGCU